AUGGAAAGACGCAAUUUUACUUAUAUCCUCCUUAAUAAUUGCGAUGGAAACACACUUGAAUACCUUCAGCAUCCAAUCGAUCAGACAUCGUUUCGUCCAAAGAAAGUUCUACGAGGUGAGCUUCUAAGGGUUGAUGCACGAACUCAGCAACCGACAAGUCCCGAGAGAAUUGCCCUAACUGGAAUAGCAAGGAAUGAAAUGCGUCUGGAGUGUCGCACGAAUGAUGUAUUUGAGCUUUCAAACGAUGAUGCUAACCUCCUUCGAGCGAUUCCUCCCUUGGAGUUGAGAUAUGAAACGUUUAUAAAUAAACUUCAAAAUGUAUGGGAACGAAUUUCCCGCGGAAGCACAGUGUUUGUUUCAAUAAAAGAAAUACCUUCAAGUGAGCUUCUUGGCAUCGUACGUUACAAGGGUGAAUUGAUGACUCUCCCUGGAACUUGGUUUGGAGUUGAAUUGAUAAAAAAUAAAGGCCUUGGGACAUGUGAUGGAACAUACGAAGGCAAGAGGUACUUUGAGAGUGCACCAAACUCAGGUGUUUUUGUCACCCUAGACAAAUUGAUUCCUGUAGAUUUGGACCAAACAUCUUCGAAACAAGUCGAAAGAGAUCAAGCUGAUGUUAAAUCAAGACUUUGUUCUAGGCAAAAGGCGCGGCUGCGAUGGGAAGGAACGGAUGGUAUUGUUAAAAUUGGCCAACGAGUGGGGUCUCUCAGGGAUCCCACUGUAAGAGGAACCGUACGUUACAUUGGUCAAGAGAGAGAUUCAGGAGGAAAGAUGCAGACAUUCGUUGGUUUAGAACUGGAUGAGAAGACUGGCAUUGGAACCGGUAAACGAAAUAGAAAGCAGCUCUUCGUCUGCCCAGAAGGUUACCCUAAAUUCGUUUACUUGGAUGAUAUAAUGCUGGAGGAAGUCAUUCAAAUGCCUUAUCAACUGAGCAGUCGAGGAAAACCCCUGCGGCUCCCGGAAGAGAGCUCUUGCGAGAAAUGGAAUACGAGCAAACGAGGAACGAACAAGACAUCUGCUGACACAGAAGGAAUUGAGAUGUUACCAAGAUGA